UGCAUUUGACCACAUGCGAGUUAUGUAGAAAGUGGAAACUAGUAGAAGCAAAGCAACAACCACUCUUUGAAUUGAACGUUUGGUGCCUUUUCCUGCUUUUUUUUUCCCACUUCACAUACAACUGGGAAUAAGUCCACUGAAACCACCAUUUUUCUGGUCCAAUUCGCAUACCCAUCAAACCAUUUCAACACAUUUCUCCGAAGUACGAGGUAAAGGUUUCACCUUUGUCUUAGAUUUUAUGAUCCUGUUCCGUUUCCUUCAAUCCUCAUGGCAAGUUCUCAAAAGGGUCCUCAAGUAAAUGGUUUGCAGUGGAAGAGAUGUUGAGUGGUCACACUGAUGGACUUUCAGAGCUGAGAUCAUCGAAGGGUCAAUUACUUGCAGACCCCGUAUCUGACUUAGGUGACGAUGAAGAGGAAGAUUGUUUGGAACAGAUACUUUAUUCCGCGUCCUUUGAAGAACUCGCUAGAAAUAGCAUCAAAUAUGAUACGGUCAUAUGGCUUUCUAUAUCGUUGCUGCUGGUUUUAGCUUGGGGAGUUGGCUUUAUAAUGUUGCUUUACCUGCCCAUUAGGAGAUAUGUGCUUAAAAAGGAUUUUUCUUCUCGCAGAUUAUAUGUUACACAUAGUGAAAUAGUUUACAAGGUGUCAAGGCCUUCAUUUAUACCUUUUUGGGGAACCGUGACCAUUGAGAGGCAGGUGCCUCUUUCUCUGGUGAUUGAUAUUAUUAUUGAACAAGGUUGUGUGCAGUCUAUUUAUGGCAUUCAUACAUUUCGAAUUGAAAGUAUUGCUCGUGGAAAGGCUGCUCCUGUAGAUGAAAUACAAGUUCAAGGAAUUUCUGACCCUGAUCAUUUGAGAAAGGUGAUCAUAACAGAAGCUUCAAAGAUCUCACAAGAUGUUGGUAAAAUUGGGAUGCCUACUGCUCCAAGCAUAGACGUGGAAAACAUUGCUCGUUUGCCAACAACAACUGAGGGAUCAGUUGUUUUCAGAUCACCGUCAAAAAGUCGAAAGAUGACAGGCUCACCGCGUGCUUCUUCACUAGAACGCAGAGUUGCCGGAGGAUUGCUUCUUCAUAAGCUUGAGGAAGUCAAUAAAUCAGUAAAGAGACUUGAGGUGCUUUUUGAGAAGUCACAUGCUUCCCCCGCCAGCAGGUGAAGUAUAGAACCAUGGUCAGCGUGUCAAGAAUUGAAUUGAAAGGAGUUUCUAACAGCAUGUCUGGAUCAGCUUCUGUGUCUUUUGAAUCAAUAUUGGAACUUAGGAGCUACUCAUAGAAGCUUCUCCCCAUAAUUGAUUCUGGUUUUAGAAUCAAUAUAAAUUAGUUGUACCUUGUUUAUAUCUAUGGAAAGAUGAAAUGAUGUUGUAACUAUCCUGGUGCUAUUGAGUCACCCUUUUAAUUGACUGUAUAGUAUGUGCUGGCUGAGGACAGUAGAUUCUACAUAUAUUGUUUUUAUA